UCUUCCCGCUUCUGUUUUUUUCCUUUAAAUAUGAGUGAGUUUCUGUGUAGUAAUCAUUUUCAUUUCUCAUAAUAAUAAAUAAUAAUCACAUUUUCAAGUUUGAAGUAUUUCUUCAAUGGAGUUCAAAUAUCGUGCCGUGGACAGCGUCAAACCAACAGCAACAUCGCAUUCUCUUUCCGAUCGAUCACUUCAAAUGGAAGGUGCUUUUUCUGGCUUACCACCACCGUAUUCCAGCGAGGCGGCACUGCGGCGAGCCCUUGAGAAGGAGCAAAUCCGCCGAGAAAUUUUGCGGCGGAUGGAAUUGGAGGAAGAAGUGAGGAGGGAACUUGAAAUCGAGAGAGAAUUGGGGAUUUCAAUACCGAGGCCGCUGAAUAUUCAAGGACUACUGUCGCAGUGGUUAAAUUCAACGGCGAUGAACCCGGUUGCUGUUGGCCAUAUCGGUGCGUCACAACCACCAUUGAUUCUGCCUCCCACGGAAAUCAACCCUUCCUCGGAGAUCAGUGACAAGGACAAAGUUAUAGUGUUGGCUAGACCAGAUCCCGAACUCUAUAACGCAAAGCGAAAAGCAACGACAUUGCCUUCUGCAUUUGAUUUGAAGAAAAAACAGAAGGAAGAGUGGAGUUGUGCACUGUGUGAGAUUAAAGCCACAAGUGAGAGUGGUUUGAAUGCUCAUCUGAAUGGUAAGAAGCACAAGAUCAAGGAAGCUAGACAAAAUAAAAAGAUUUGCAAGAACAAGAAAGGAAGUGAAAUUUUUGUGAAAGUGAAGGCUACUAAAACAGUGGAUACAAUGAUGAUUCAUAAAAGUGAAAAUGAAUCUAAAGAUAAGGAUGAACUGGUGGAAAGUAAGGACGAUAAUAACCUAAGUGUAAAAAAAUUAAAAUAUGAGAAGAAGCCUAUGGAGAUGAUGGUUGAUAAAAAUGCAACAAAAUGUGAAAAGGGGGAGCUGCAUAUAGAGAAAAGCCAAUGUUUGGAAAGUAUUCAAGACACUCAGGAAUCAGGAAAGGAUGAACGUUUGUCAAACUAACACUUUUUCAAAAGAUGUGAUGGAAAAUCAUAUAAAAGGGAAAAAAAACAUUAAGAAAAUGAAAACGUGCUAGUCCUACUUCCAAAUACUCUGUAUUACAAGAAGCUACUAGGUUGAUCAAAGAUAACUGGUUAACAAAUGUAAAAUUGAGAGAUUUGGAUUGUGAGAAAUUUAGAAAAUUUAUCUUUUAUUCAUAAUAUGAAAUUCUCUAAUUUAGAGAAAUUAAGAAUUGUAUUGAGAAUGAUUUUGAAUAACUUAGAUAAAUUUUUUUAAUAUAAUUUUUUUUGUUAUAAUA